GGGAGGGUGCACCACUGGGUUCCUGCUCUCUGCUCAGCUGUGCUGUUGUGAUGGGGCUGCAGGCUGGGACACACCAGCUCCGUGGGAACCUCAUCCUCCUGCCCGUGGCGGUGGUGAUGCUUCUCCACUGUGCGAGUGCAGGUCCAGGAAUGCCCACCGCCAGCUCGCGGAGCGUUCCUGUUGCAGGGUUCCCCGCGGACUGCAGCCACCUCCGCAAGACCAGCCCCAGCGGGGUGUACGUCAUCCAGCCAGCACGGUCCCCCCCCCGCGUGGUGUGGUGUGACAUGGACACCGAAGGCAAGGGCUGGACUGUUGUCCAGAGAAACUCUCAUGACACUGAGAUCGCGUGGAAGCAAUCCUGGACCACCUACAAGUACGGCUUCGGGAACGUGCAGGGCGACCACUGGCUGGGCACCGAGUACCUGCACCUGCUCACACAGCAGGGCACCUACAAGGUCCGCUUCGUCGUGCGGGACAAAGCCAACGUCACCCACUAUGCUGAGUAUGACAUCUUCAGAGUGGAGAGCGAGAGCAGCGGGUACCCGCUGAGGCUGGGCCGGUAUUCUGGUGAAGGGGACGACUAUCUGACCGGCUACUACCCCAAGAAGGGAGGCAUCCACGACAACAUGAAGUUCAGCACGGUGGAUAAGGACCAGGACCAGUACAGCGGGAACUGCGCCAGCAGCUACGGGGGGUGGUGGUACGACAGGUGCCAGAAUGUUGUGCUCAAUGCCAAAAAGUACAUCCUCUGGCCAGGAUUCUGUGAUAAAGGCGACUGCACAUCAUCCCUCAUCCUGGUCAAACCCACUGAUGUGUGCUGACUGUGCCAGAGGUUGGGGAAGUGCCACUGUCCACAGCCCGGUCCCCAUCCCUUUGCCUGCCAGCCCUGUGCCAGCCCCGCUGGGCACCCCAUGGCACCUGCAGCUCCCACACAGACACCAGCUCCAACACUGUGGCUCUGGCGCUCGGGAGCGGUCUCCUGGAGCCCCGGGCACAUGGGCAGCUUUGCCCAGUGCUGCUGUGUUGGCUGGCACCGGGACGCAGGCACUGCUUUGGGGUGGGUGAAGGGGAGAAGUACAAGUUCCCUUCUCCGUGCAAUCAGCAUCUCCCCGCUUCGCUCCUCAGUCCCAUAAUUGCUACCCACACUGUGAGAAAUCAGCUAUAAUAAACCCCAGAGCCAGA